AUGAUGAUGAUGAUGAUGAUGAUGAUGAUGAUGAUGAUGAUGAUGAUGAUGAUGAUGAUGAUGAUGAUGAUGAUGAUGAUGAUGAUGAUGAUGAUGAUGAUGAUGAUGAUGAUGAUGAUGAUGAUGAUGAUGAUGAUGAUGAUGAUGAUGAUGAUGAUGAUGAUGAUGAUGAUGAUGAUGAUGAUGAUGAUGAUGAUGAUGAUGAUGAUGAUGAUGAUGAUGAUGAUGAUGAUGAUGAUGAUGAUGAUGAUGAUGAUGAUGAUGAUGAUGAUGAUGAUGAUGAUGAUGAUGAUGAUGAUGAUGAUGAUGAUGAUGAUGAUGAUGAUGAUGAUGAUGAUGAUGAUGAUGAUGAUGAUGAUGAUGAUGAUGAUGAUGAUGAUGAUGAUGAUGAUGAUGAUGAUGAUGAUGAUGAUGAUGAUGAUGAUGAUGAUGAUGAUGAUGAUGAUGAUGAUGAUGAUGAUGAUGAUGAUGAUGAUGAUGAUGAUGAUGAUGAUGAUGAUGAUGAUGAUGAUGAUGAUGAUGAUGAUGAUGAUGAUGAUGAUGAUGAUGAUGAUGAUGAUGAUGAUGAUGAUGAUGAUGAUGAUGAUGAUGAUGAUGAUGAUGAUGAUGAUGAUGAUGAUGAUGAUGAUGAUGAUGAUGAUGAUGAUGAUGAUGAUGAUGAUGAUGAUGAUGAUGAUGAUGAUGAUGAUGAUGAUGAUGAUGAUGAUGAUGAUGAUGAUGAUGAUGAUGAUGAUGAUGAUGAUGAUGAUGAUGAUGAUGAUGAUGAUGAUGAUGAUGAUGAUGAUGAUGAUGAUGAUGAUGAUGAUGAUGAUGAUGAUGAUGAUGAUGAUGGUGAUGAAUGGAAGAUAG